GGCCCUCGGUCCCGCCGCCCCGCGGGCUGCAGCGGGGGCCGCGUCGCCCCGCGCAGGUGGGUGCCGGGAGGGGGUGGGGGGAGCGCGAUCCCGUACGGCCGGGCGGGACCGAGGGGCGUGGGGGCGCGGCCCGGAUCUGCCCGAGCCGAGCCGAGCCCCCCGUUGGCUGGUUUCGGCUCUUCGGUGCCUGAGAGCCUCCGCCGUUUGAGCCGUGCUGCGCACCGGCAGCGCUCCGCGCCCCGGGGCGGGCGCUGGGCACGGCAUGGCCGGCUGCGGUCGAGCGCGGGUGGCCGUCGAGGUCCGUGGGUGCCCGUGGCCGUGCCCCGCUCCUCCCGCCCGAAACGAGAGCUGGCGGCGGCCCGGCCCCGCGGCCCCGGGUGUGAAGGCUGCCCGAGGUCGCUCCCCCGGCAGGCCCCGUGUCCUGACACGAGGUCGGGGCCCGGCGCUACGGCCGUCGCCUGACCGGGCCCGAGCGCGCUGUGGAGCGUCACUCGGGCAGGGUUUCAGCUCUGGCUGUGACUGGCACCGAGUCCCACCGUGACGUUCCCACUCGCUGCCAAAAUCGGGGCUUGAACAGCAAGCGGUGGCAAGGGCCGCAAGCAUAGUGUGACAGCGGGCAGCCAGUGUGUCACACCGGGACAGCGAGCACUGGGGUGCGGGUGAGAGGGUACGGCAGUGCUCUGCUUUGCUGGGGCAGCCGUCCCACAGCCCUUGGUUAUGAAUUAGAGCCUUUACAAUGAACCGCACGGUCCCGUCACUAGAUGACAAAAGAAGCCUUGGACUUUGUGCCAGGUUCUUCGAAAGGCCGAGACCACACCUCGGCUGAGAAGGUGCCUUCUUGUCCCUUUCUCUUCCUUCCUCUUUUACACACACUGAGCAAUUGCAGGCGGUGCUGAGCUGGCAUUUCCCAUUGCGACAUCACACCGUGGGAGCUGUCUGUGCUCACCCCCUGCUGCUAAAGGGCAACCUUGAGAGAGUGUCUGUUUCCUGGUGUGCUUCCUAUCCCCACACAGCUGUGUUGGAAUCCAGGGGGCUUCAUGGCUGUGCCCCAUUCCCUGGCUAUUAAAUGGCAUCUUUUCUGCUGGUGCUGGGCUUCUGGACAAUAGUUUAAACUGACUGAGUCUCUGGAAUUGAAGUGCCAGAAGCAGUCCCCUCAGAGCUCACCUCUCAGCCUGGCGAGCUCCUGGUACCUCACUAAGGAUGGAGAUGGGCUUGUUCCAUGGGAAACAGCACCAGCCGGCUCUACAGCGCGCUCGCCAAGACGCUGAGCAGCAGUGCCGUGUCCCAGCACCAGGACUGCCUGGAGCAGCCCAACUCGGCGCAGCUGGAGCCCAUAGACCCCAAGGACCUACUGGAGGAAUGCCAGCUCGUUCUGCAGAAACGGCCACCUCGCUUCCAGAGGAGCUUCGUGGACCUGAAGAAAAACACAGCCAGUAACCACCGCCCCAUCCGGGUCAUGCAGUGGAACAUCCUCGCCCAAGCUCUCGGAGAAGGCAAAGACAACUUCGUUCAGUGCCCCAUGGAAGCUCUGAAGUGGGAGGAAAGGAAGUGCCUCAUCCUGGAGGAAAUCCUUGCCUACAAGCCGGAUAUCUUGUGCCUGCAAGAAGUCGACCACUACUUUGACACCUUCGAGCCACUCCUCAGCCGACUGGGCUAUCAAUGUACUUUCUUCCCGAAGCCGUGGUCGCCGUGCCUGGAUGUGGAGCAGAACAACGGGCCGGACGGCUGCGCCUUGUUUUUCCUCAAAGAACGCUUCGAGCUCAUCAACAGCGCGAACAUCCGGCUCACCGCCAUGAAGCUGAAGACCAACCAAGUAGCCAUAGCUCAGACACUGAAGUGCAGUGAAACUGGAAGACUGUUCUGCAUCGCCGUCACCCACCUGAAAGCUCGUACUGGUUGGGAGAGGUUUCGGUCUGCGCAGGGCUGUGACCUUCUCCAGAACCUGAAGAGCAUUACUCAGGGCGCAAAGAUCCCUCUGAUCAUCUGCGGAGACUUCAAUGCAGAGCCGACCGAGGAGGUCUACAGAGAAUUCUCCAACUCCAGCCUCAACUUAAACAGCGCAUACAAGCUGCUGAGCCCCGACGGGCAGUCAGAGCCCCCGUACACCACCUGGAAGAUUCGGCCCUCGGGAGAGUGCCGGCAUACACUGGAUUAUAUCUGGUAUUCCCAGCACGCCUUGAAUGUGAACUCAGCCCUGGGCUUGCUGACUGAAGAGCAAAUUGGGCCCAACAGGCUGCCCUCAUUCAAUUACCCUUCAGAUCACCUGUCUUUGGUGUGUGACUUUAGUUUUAACCAAGACCCUGACAGACUGUUAUAAUUGGUUGGAAUGCCACCCGGUAUUGCCGUGUCCUAAUUCACCAUUGUUUUGUGUUACUGAAAACUUCUGAGGCUGGAAGCUAUUAAGGAUGAGGAAAUACCGUUGACUAAACAUUCUUUUAGGCACUUGUUUGGAAUUACACUUACCCUUCAGAGCUCGUUCAUCCGUGGCCUCUGAAGGAGGAAGAAAGGAGUCAGUGUUCUUGUAACGGUGGCCUUUCUGUAUUCAGAUUUGAAAACUGGAAGGGAAAUGAGCUUUAUCCUUUCACUAACCCCUGUGUCUAAGAGUAUAAUCCUCUAAUGAAUGCGGAGGCCUGAGUAUUUAAAGUUAAAUGUGCGUAUGUAAAACAGUUUGCCCUGGCAGCAUGCUAAUUUUGUUUAUUCGAUAUUAAGCUUGUGCCGGUACCAAAGGGAACAAGGCUUGACUUCUCAGUUAGAUUCUCUUAAUUCCUUUUCUGUUGCAGAUGAAGGAGGCUAAACACGGUUUAGACAUGAACAAAUCUAAGAUCAUAUUGGUGUAGUCGUCUUAUUUCCACCUGACUGAAGGCGAAGACUCCGUUUAAAGUGAUGAUAGCGCAGUGUAAGCAAGGCCCCCACCCAGCGAGUGAGGAAACAGAGGCUGACUGCAGCACCUCCUGUAGUGACAUCCUCACUUUUCCAAAGAACAUGCCUGUGUCUGUCACACACGUGGUCUGUAGGUACACACAGUAACCGGUACCUCUUCUGUGCUUCCCUCCUACAUGCCUAACAAGGGAGUGGUUUCUUGUCUGCUUCAAGUAUUACCCUUAUAAAUGGUUUAAAUUGAUAGCCUUGUCCAUCUUGCAGUUUCGGUAAAGGGCCAAUCUUCAUUUUGAAAGACUUUCUUUUAUUUAUCUUCAGAACCUAAAUCUACACUGGAACCUAUUAGAAGACAAACUUUAUUUAUUGUGAGAAGCUGGUAAUCCUGUGCCUGACUUGAAAUCACACAGCAACAGUGCUCAGGAGCACCUACAGGUCCUCUUUCCGUGGCCCAGGUCCUAGGCCACAACAGAGGUGGGGUAGGGUGGUAGCUGUUGUGUGUGGCGUGGUGCUCACUGGUGUGACAUAGGUGUUGCGUAUGUGGAUUGUAAAUGUGCCACCGUGCCAGGACAAGGGGAAGGGAGAGGAGAAAGCCAAUAGGUGGAGUUGGGCUGACGUGUAGAUUGUUUGGAGACUAGGCAGAGCAAAUAAAGCAGUACUUCCGUGCUGCACAAGGCCCAUAGUAACGUUUAAAUGUUCCAGGUGUUUAAUAAUAAAAGUCCUUUGGAAAAAAAA